UAGACGGUGAAGCGCUGGCUCGUCUGAUGCUUCUCCUUUUGCUGUGGUCAGCUGGUGGAGGAUUUUCUCUUUCAGGUGUCACAGUGAGCACAGUGGUGGAUCUGCAGAAGAGAAUCAUUGGAGGUCGACCAUGUGAGCGUCGGUACCAUGUCAAACUGAGAGGAGUUGCUGCUGGUGGAUCUUCAAACUUGUGUGGUGGCUCUCUGAUCAGUGACCGCUGGAUUUUGACUGCAGCUCACUGUUUGAUCCGAGGAAGGACUAUGUUUGCAGAUUUAGGUGUGCAUCCAGGGGGUCCUGCACAAGAAGUGCAAAUCACAGCAAAACCAGUGAUCUAUACAGACAAAGACAAGAACAACAAGAACAGGUUCCAUGACAUCAUGCUGCUGCAGCUACCUAGCCCCUCUGAUGUUAAACCUGUAGCUCUUCCUGACUGUGAACAUCAUCCUAAAAAAUUUAACAUCGCAGGUCACGCUGCCACUACUGGAGGCCCUAAUGAUGAAAGGAAACCCAGUAAAUCACCCACUCUCCACUGUGCAGACAUUGAUGUUGUCAGCUGUGAAAACCUCAACAAUACUUUGCAGAAAAAGUUCCAACAAGUCUACCAAGUCAAGGUGUAUCAACACUGGUUCUGUGGCCAAACACCUGGAGUGGAUAUAUGUUAUGGAGAUUCUGGUGGAGGAGUGGUGUACGAAGACAAGAUUUACGGUGUCAUUUCUUUUCUUGGUGAUCGUAAACAUGUAUGUAGAAAAGCAGCUGCAUUCAUGGACCUCUGCAAUCCAGAAUAUGCUACAUGGAUCCGUAAAACUAUUACCUGAGGGGGAAAAACGCCAGUAUAUGUAAAGAAUCUUUCCUAAUUAAAAAUAUGAGAUUCCAGCUAAACAAGAAACUUUGUGUGGUUGAUGUGUUUUUUAAACCAAGAAAAUUUUUACAAAUUGGAAACAGUGUUUGUAACAGUCUGUUUUUAUAUUUGGAUGUACUGUAUCUGUUGCUAUACUUUGUACCACCUGUGACAUGAGAUGCAAGGCCCUAGGCUGGGUUUUAGAAAUACUGAGGUCAUGAGUCAAUGUCCUCCAAACCCCAAAAAAGAUUUUAACUGUAGAGUGUAACUCCUCCCCAGGUUGCUAAAACCCUCACGUUUUCCCAAAAAAAACAGAGGACAUGACCUCAAUGUCCUCAAUGGUAGCUAUGGCCCUAAGGGCUAUGACCCUAUGGAUUUUUAACUGUUUCUAUUUUAAUGAGGCACUGUGUCUUGAAUUUUUGUGGCAAAUCCAUUUUCUGUCCUGUCAACAGCAGUUAGUUGAAUCUUUUUACGUGACAAAAUAAUUUAAAGACAACAUCUUGUGACUGACGUGUCACGGUUUGACCUCUGUAACCCUCCAUGUGGGUUUAACUGUGGUACAUAAUAAUUUGCCAAUAACAUAACACAUGAAAGUAAUGAAGCAUUAAAAUUGGUUUGAAAUCCAGAUGAACAUCCAAAUCCAAAUCCUGAGAUUUUUACGAUGCAGAUUAAAUAGCAAGUUUAAUGCUUAACGUUUAAUAUUCUGUCACUUUCAUCUGAAGUGCAUUAAAAACUGUGUCCAGCAUAAAACACGGCUGUGACUAUGAAAUAAAAUUUCAAGAGGAAAAUUACCAGCGCCGUCACAUUUCAAUCUCUUGAAAUCAAGCAGCUAUAAAUUCUGCAUUGCCAGGUUUUCUUUUACACAUCACAACAAAAACUUUGAGCUGUGUUUUCUUUUCCAGUAAUGAAAAUAAACUUAAGCUAACAUUGUUGUAAGCUAACCAUCGAUUUUAACCCCUUUACCCGCGUUAAUGUCUUCGGCUAUGUCCGUCUAUUUACUGUACGUGUAAAAUGUUGACUUACAGAUUUUCAUGUUAAUUUAAUCAAUAAAUUCAGUGGUUUCCAAA